ACAUUUAUAUUCGCAUACUUAGAUUGAGUAAUACACUAAAGUUAUCAUGUAAUAUUUAUUAUACGAGGAAUCUAUCUCUACAAUCGUAUAUUUUGUUGUAUUUGCAUACAAAUUCAAAGUGCUUUCGUUAUAGAACUAAAUGUAAAAUUCUAUUAUGACAUAAUAUCCGUGAUACCUACUAGUAUUUUUGUAAUCGAAAAUGAUUCGUAAACUUUUUCCAAAAGUGGUCAAAUAUGGGUUAGUCAGUGGUGUAGCAAUCGGUAGUGCUGCGUAUGCUUUGAAUUAUGAUUACAAUAGUAAUGUGUUGGUGAGGAUUUCAAGGACGUCAGUGACGGCUAUAGAUAUUGGCAAAACCUAUAAUGAUAUGUUGUAUAGCAAAGAAUGGGAUAAGGAAUCGAAGGAAUACAAUCAAAUUAAAAGUGCAGCCCACCUUAUAUGCGCGGAGAAAUUGUUGGAGCUCUGCAAAGCUAACAAAGGUGUUUAUAUUAAGGUUGGACAGCACGUUGGAGCAUUAGAAUACUUAUUACCCACUGAAUAUGUCACCACUAUGCGUGUUUUGCAUAAAGAUGCGCCGCAGAACACUGUAGAAGAACUUUAUAAAGUUAUUAAGGAAGACCUGAAGAAAGAUCCUGACACUUUGUUUGACGAAUUCGAUGAGAAACCACUAGGAACGGCCUCACUAGCUCAAGUACAUAAAGCCAAACUAAAAGAUGGAACACCAGUUGCUGUCAAAGUUCAGCACCAUUUUGUGAAAAAGCACAUUGAAAUAGACAUCAUAUGGAUGGAAUUUGUUUUGAGAAUGAUGAUGAAAGUAUUUCCAGAUUUUGAACUCACUUGGCUCAUAGAUGAAACAAAGAGGAAUAUUGCUAAAGAAUUGGACUUUUUACAAGAAGGCAGAAAUGCUGAAAAAGUUUCCAAAAUGUUCAGCCAUUACAAAUGGCUGAAGGUUCCUAAGAUAUAUUGGGAUUUCAGCACUUCAAGGGUUUUGGUUAUGGAUUAUGUGGAAGGGGGCUAUGUUAAUGAUCUAAAAUAUAUUGAUAGUCACAAGAUAGACCGCGCAGAUUUGUGCCGGAAACUGGGCGACCUGUACUCCCAUAUGAUCUUCAUCAGUGGGUUUGUGCACAGUGACCCGCAUCCUGGCAACAUUUUGCUCAGAAAAGAGCCUGGCGAGAAGGAAACUACCAUGUAUCUGCUGGAUCACGGUUUGUAUGCUAAUCUCACAGAUAAGUUCCGGUACCACUACUCGAAGCUGUGGCUGGCCAUAAUUGCGCGGGACCGCGAGGAAAUGCGGCUGCACUCCGAAGCCCUGGGGAUUCGGAGCCAGCUGUACGGGCUGUUCGCGUGCAUUGUCACCGGUCGCCCGUGGGAGUCCAUCAUGAAGGGCAUCGAUAAUACCAGGCCGUCUAGCAGUGAGAAAACAGUAUUCCAAAACGAGCUCCCAAACUUCGCGCACUACAUAACGCAAUGCUUGGAGCACGUCGACCGGCAGGCUCUGCUAGUACUAAAAACCAAUGACUUGAUCCGGAGCAUCGAGUAUGCAGUCGGUAUGGAGGAGCGGAUGUGCGGCUUCUUAGUUAUGACGAAAUGCUGUAUGGAGAGCGUCUACAAGGUCGAAUACGAGAACGCCAAUUCAGUGUUGAGAAGGCAGUACCUCAGCCUGAAAUUUAGAUGGUCCAUAUUGACUCUCUAUCUGUACUCCGUGUUUCUGUCUUUGAAAGAAAAGUUCACAUCACCCAGCCUGCGCGUUACAGUUCAUUCCACGGUCAACCAAACCUUAAUACACUAAACUGAGCGAAAACUGCAAAAUGCGCUAAGACAUCAACGCCAUCUCUUGCGAGUUAUCACUUUAUUUAUAUUCACUGUUACUCGUUAAGAUGUUUCUUAUGCUAGAGCUUAGUUAGACUAUAUUAUAGUAUAUAUAUGUGAAGUGAAAAGUCUGACCAUUCACCAAAUAGCCUCAUUUAUUCAGUUUUACAUUAUCAUUUUCUAUUGUAGCUUUAAAAACUAGCGUUAUUAAAUUAUUUCAUUAACUAUACUAAACUCUAGCAAUUAUGAGUAAAGUAAUGUUAUCGUGUUGUCUUUAUGAUAUUAACUAACAAUUUUUAAGCCUUAUUAUAUUGGGAUAAGGUUUACAAAUCGUCUGAUUAAUUUGUCUUCGACUGUACUGGGUCUGUACCUAGAAUUUACAGAAUCUACGAAAAAAACAGUAUAAUAAUCUCAUUUAUUAUUAUACUGGCAGUUAGCUAGUUUUUUUAUUAGAUUUCAUGCCGUUUUUGAGCACUUUUAUGAAAUAUUAGUGCAGACAAAACCAAUUCCUAGUCACGGGUAGUCCAUAUCAUACCUCAAAGGCUUAUAAUUAAGAUAAGAGUGUGUACUGCAAAAGUAUUUAUUUAAAGAAACGCUACCAAAGGGUUGAAAAAUGAAAACUGGUUUAAGAAGUCAAAACUAACCUAUUUCCAUAGAAAACAUACCGCACCUUCAUGUCACAAAAAAAAACCGAAAAAAAAUGUUUUUUUAUGGUAGCUCCUGUACAAAAAAAAUAUUUUUAAUUUUUUUUUCAUUUAAUCCUGUGAUGUGGGGUGUCGUUGGAUAGAUCUUUCAAAAUGAAUAGGUGUCACCAUCAACAAGUUUUUGAUUAAGUGAAUAUUUUCGGAAAUAUUCGCAUCGAAAGAAAAAUAAUUAUGAUAUCUUCGAGAAACAGUUUUUAUUGUUAAGAUAAUGUAUUUUAAAAUAAUUCAGCAUUUAUUACUUAUAUUUUUAAUCGAAUUUAUUAAAAAGACAAUAAUUUCAAUAAAAUGAGCCAUAAUUUCGUAUAAAUCUGUCUUAAUUUCGUACUCGUAACACCCGAAACGAACCAUGAGUAACACCCGAAACAGGUAAUUUAUUUUAUUAAAAUUAAAUAAGAAGUGAUACUAAGUGUUACUUCAGUGUUUCAGUAGACUAUACUAACUAUUAUUACUUGACAUAAAUAAAACUGGAGCUUACUUGAUAAAAUUCGCUUAAUUAUGCAUUUUGGUACUGAUGGUCAGAAGGUAUAGGCCAAUUCGCGUAACGCCCGAAACAGCUACUUUUUAGUGAUUCUCUCGUUAUUUCUCUUAUACUUUAAUAAUGUGCGUACAGGAAAGGAAAAUAUUAUCAAAGUAGUAGAUGAAUCAAUAGUUAUAACCUCCUAGUUCCUGUUACAAUAUCGAAUAAAACCUUAUUUUAUGAGUUCAAGUGUAACACCCGAAACGGUGGAAUGACCCUUCUAUGUAUAUUUUGAUAAUUGUAAGUAUAAAAUCACUAUGCGCUCAAAUCUACAAGUUAAUUUUAUAUUGUAACAUGUUUUAGAGACCGUUUUCAUGAAGUCCAAUGUUAAGUUAUUUAAAUAAAUUAUUUUAUUAAAAAAACUUUGUUUU